AUGAAUUAACAAUAUCUCCAAGUCCCCAUGGCACAAAGUAGAUAGUCAUUCACUAAUGAUAAGUACUAAACUACUUCAGGAGUGGUUUCGAGUGCUGAAAAGUAAAUCUUAAAUUUUACAUUAGACGUGUGAUUGAGAUCAAUUAGAGUACAAGAAAGAGUCUCAUGUUCGAAGACAAGUAAAUAACUCAUCAUAUUCAUAGACGUUAUGAAGAACUGCUGCAGGACAACAGAAAAUUGAAAGAAGUGAUCGAACAAUUAGACAAGGACAAUUAAUAAUUAAAGCAAAUGUCAGGAGAAAAUUAUAAUCUAAAGCAGAAGUACAUGAUUAACCAAGCUGAACUAGAAGCAGCUCAAUAAGAAUUAGCAAAAUUGCGCUCUUAAUUGUUAAUGAGAAAUUCAUCAGAUGCUGAAUCAUCAAGUUUAGUUGCCAGAUACAAAUAAGACAUUUCGUCAUUAACUCAACAAUAAAUCAAAUCUUAAUAAGGUAUUCCAUAUCAGUUCUAAUCAUUUUAGAGAUUACUCAACUCAAUGCCUUGUUAGGAGAGCAGAGAAAGUAAGUAGAAGAGUAUUUGAGGGUAAAAAGCAAAUAUGAACAAGAUAUAUAGACUUAUAAAAAUAGGGCGUCUACAUUAGAAUUAGAAAUUAGAACUGUUAAGGAAUAGAGGAAUUCUACUACCUAAACAGAAAUUACGAGACUGAUGUAGGAAAUAGCCAGAUACCAAUCUGAGGCUUAAAUAAGAACAUCAGAUAAAGAACUUUAUGAGAGAACAAUUUAAACCUUAAAGGACAAAAUUAAAGAGAUGGAUAAUGAUAUUCAAAUAUUAAUAGAGGCACAUAACUAGAAUCAAUUUAAAUUGGAGUCAGCAAUGGCAGAAUCGAAAGGCAACAUGCAAUACGAGAUUGAUCAACUCAGAUAAGAGGUCAAUUUCUAUUAAACUUAAUGCAAACAAUGGCAGGAGAAAUGUCAAGUAUUUGAAUUACAAAAAGAAGAAAGUGAGAGGAGAAUCAUUUAAAUGGAAAUUCGAAUAAAUGAGACUAAAAAGCAAAUAGAACAACAAUAAAAUGAAAGAAUAUAAAGAGAUAGUUGGCAAGUUCAUACAAUAUAGAAUGAAUUAGAAAAUUGGAAAUAAAAAUAUAUAUAAUUAGAAAUUAAAACCAAGGAUAGUGAGAUUCACAGGUUAAGAGUCAAAUAAUUAGAAGAUCAGAACAAUCAAUUAAGAAUAGAAAAUGAACGUGUAAAGGAGGAAUUAGACAUUUUAGUCACUGAAUUCAAAUCAAUUCAAGAAUAAAAUAAUGGAUAUAGAUUGAGUAUUACAUAAUUAGAAAAAUAAAGUAAAAGUACUGUUGAAUUGGAUAAAUACAAAUUGUAAGUCAAUUAAUUGAAUUAAUAAAUCAACAAUCACAAGGUUGAAAUUAAAGAAUUAUAAGAAUAAAUCAUUUCGUAAUAAUAAGAAAAACGAAUUGAGAUUCAAUAGUAUGCUUAAUAUUAAUACGAAUCUGAAAAUCAUUAAAAGGAAAUUGAAAAGUUAAGAAGAGAAUUCAGAUAAAUUGAACAGUUGUAUAAUGAGAUGGAAGUCUAAGUAAAAUUAUGGAAAGAGAAAUUUUAUCAUGAAUAAUUACAACAUCAAGAAGCUAGAUAAUUGUUGAUUGAUAUUAAGACUUAAUAUGAAUCUCACACUUAUGUUCUAACUUAGACAGAAUAAGAUAAACAUCGAAUCCAGUAACUAGAGUUACAAUUAAUUGAAUUAUAAGAAGAAGUUCGUGUUCUACAAAUCAGAGAGGAAACCUAUAAGGAGUAAAUCUCAACUUACUCUGUAACGAUAGAGAAUAUCAAAUAGAAUCAAGAUCAAUCUAGAAAGGUUAAGUAAUUAGAAAUGGAUAUUGAGACUUUGAAGUCGAAGUGCAGAGAUUUAGAAAAAUAAUUAUUAGAUAAAAGAAAUGAAUUUAAUUUAUUAAAAAGUGAGUGGGAACUAGAUAAAUAAAGAAUUACAGAAUUAAAGGCUUCUAAUGAUGUACUUCUUAAAAGGAAGCCAGAGAUAGUUAAAGAAAUAAUUGAAACUCCUUCAAAAUAAGAAAAGUUAAAGAUAUAAGAAUUAGAGUCACAAAUAUCUCUAUUAAAAUUGCAAUGCCAAUAAGUAUCAGCAUCUAAACAGGAAGUCAUUAGAGAAACUAUUAGAGAAACAGUUUAAGUCAGAAGUCAAGAAGAUAUCAAAUUGAUUGCUAGUUUAGAGGAAGAAUUAUAAUUGUGGAAAACUAAAUACUAUGAAUUAGAUAGAAGAAAGAACUAAGUGGUUGUAGAAACUAUAAGAGAAGUGUAAUAAUCAGAAAGUGAUAAGUUGAGAAUCUAAGAACUAGAACAUUAGGUUAAACAAUCAUCAGCCAAAAAAUAAGAAAUUAUUCGAGAAUUUAUAACUUAGACUGUUGAAGUUCCUGUAGAAGCAGAUAAAAUAAGAAUCUAAUAGUUGGAAAUAUAAGUUAAUAACCUAAGAUAAGAAAACUAUUUAUUAAAUUAAAGAAAACAAGAAGUCAUAACACAACAAAUCACUGUUGAAGUACCAUCUCAGGCUGAUAAAUAAAUAAUCUAAUAAUUAGAAUCUGAAAUACUCAAAUUAAAGACAUAAUUGGAAUUUGUCUCUAAAAGUAAAUAGGAAGUAAUAAGAGAAAUCAUUACUGAAAGAGUUGAAGUCCCUUCAGAAUCUGACAAAUUAAAGAUCUCAUAAUUAUAGGCUUAGCUUUAGCGUCUACAAAAGGACUAUUAAUACUUAGAAUUGAAAAAAUAAGAAAUUAUCAAAGAAACCAUUACUGUUGAAGUUCCCUCUUAAGCUGAUAAAUCAAGAAUUUAACAAUUAGAAUCUUAAUUAUUGUAGAUUAAGAAUGAAUUACAAAUAGUUUCCUCAAAAAAAUAAGAAAAGAUCACUGAAUACAUAACAGAGAGAGUUGAAGUACCUUAAGAAUCUGAUAGAAUAAAAAUUUAAUAAUUGGAAAGUUAAUUGCAAAAAAUAUAAUAAGAUUAUUAUCUAUUGAAUUAAAAAAAGUAGGAGAUAAUCAAAGAAACUGUAACAGUAGAAGUUCCUCAACAAUAAGAUCAAUUAAGAAUAUAAUAACUUGAGUCAUUAGUAUUUCAAUUAAAGUAAAAUAUAUAAAUAAUUCAACAAUAAAAAUAAGAAGUGAUAAGAGAAACAAUAACAGAAACAAUUGAAGUCCCAUCAUAAAAGGAUAAGUUAAGAAUUCAAUAAUUAGAAGAGGAAUUACAAAGAUUAAGUUAGGAUUAUUAUUAACUUAAUUAAAAGAAAUAAUAAAUUAUUAAGGAAACAGUAACUGUAGAAGUGUCUUCAUAGGCAGACAAAUUUAGAAUAUAAUAAUUAGAAUCAUAAGUUUAGCAACUAAGGUCAGAAUUACAAGUAGUGUAAUAAUAGAAAUAGGAAGUAAUUAGGGAAAUAAUUACAGAGAGAGUGGAAGUACCUAUGGAAUCAGAUAAAAUUAGAAUAAGAUAAUUACAGGAUCAGUUUUCGUAGUUAUAAAGAGAUUAUAAUUAAUUGAAUUUGAAGAAAUAAGAAGUCAUAAGGGAAACUGUUACAGUAGAGGUGUCGUCAUAAGCAGACAAAUACAGAAUUUAAUAAUUGGAAUAGUCAUUGCAACAAAUGAAGAUGGAGUACUUAAAUUUACAAAAUAAUUAUGAGAUUGUAAGUAAGAAAAAGCAGGAGGUGAUAAAAGAAGUAAUUACUGAAAGGGUUGAGGUUUCAUCUCCCGCAGAUAAAUAAAGAAUUGCAUAAUUAGAAUCUUAAUUGAGUAAUUUGACCAUGGAGCUAUAAAUAAUAUCUAAAAAGAAAUAAGAGAUUAUACGCGAAGUGAUAACAGAAAGGGUUGAAGUUCCAAAGGAGUCUGAUAAAAGAAGAAUUAUUGAGUUAGAAUAAGACUUAAAUAAAUUAUAAUAAGAUUAUAUUUCAUUAAAUAAGAGUAAAUAAGAAGUAAUCAAAGAAACUUAUACAAUUGAAGUACCAUCUUAGGCUGAUAAAUUCAAAAUUUAAUAAUUAGAGAUGUAGCUUUCGUAAAUUAGAAGCGAAUAUUAGGUUUUAUAAUCUAGAAAAGCGGAGAUAGUUAGGGAGGUAGUAGAAGUCCCUGUUGAAUCUGAUCGAAUAAGAAUUAAAUAGUUAGAGUAAUAACUUAGUUCUUUACAAUAAGAUUACUUCUCCUUAAACUAAAAGAAAUAAGAAGUAAUCAAAGAAACAGUGACUAUUGAAGUGCCUUCAGAGGCUGAUUAAUAUCGUAUUAGGUAAUUGGAAUAGCAAUUAUCCACAUUAAGAGAUAAUCUUACUGUUAUUUAAAAAUAAAAGCAAGAGGUUCAAAUAAUAAAAGAAACAAUAUAAGUCAGUAAGCAAGAGGAUUUAUUUAAAAUCUAAAAUUUAGAAAGGUAGCUGCUUUAAAUGUAAAAUGAAGUUUAAAUUUAUGAAAAAUAAUUAAAAGAAUAUUAGAACUCCAGCCUUGAGUUAGAAUAAGAAAUAAAAAAUUUAAGGAUAUAACUUAGGACUACUUAAAAGUCUAAUUAGGAAUACUAAGAAUAACUAACUUCGAUCUAGAUAAAAAUAGAAGAAGGGCAAAAAUCAAAAUAAAUUCAAUUAUAAUAUGAGAGAAGGGAAUAGGAAUUUAUUGAAUAAAUUAAGUUGUUGGAAAGAAGAAAUGAGGAAUUUAGACAAGAAAGAGAAAGAUUUUCAGAAUAUGAAAGAAAAUUGAAUUAUUACAAGGAAGAGUAGUUAUAAAAUGAGAAACUAAUAGAAAGGCUUAAAUUAGAAGUAUAAACUUAAAAGAAGUAAUAUGAAGAAAGAAUAAGUAUUCAAGAAAGUUAAUUUAAGAAAGAGAUAACAAUUAUUUAAACUUAGUAAUAGAGUAACGUAAAUCAAGAGUUACAAUAUUUGGAGAUCUCUAAAAAUAGGGAAAUUAAAGAAUACAAAUAAUAAAUUGAACUAUUGUAGAAAGAAAAUUAAAAGAUAAUAGAUUCAAUGAGAUGUAAAAAUGAAGAGAAUGAAUAAUGGAAGAGGAAAUUUAUUGCAUUAUCCACUGAAGUUAGCACUACUUCUGGAGAAUUCGAAUCUAUAAAAAUGUAAUUAAAAUCAACUGAGUAAAGUAGAGAUACCAUAAAAGCUGAAUUAGAUAGAGUUAACAAGAUGUAUUUUUAAUGUUAAAAUGAAUUGACAUAAUAUAAAUCAAAAAAUAAUGAACUUGAACUCAAAAUAAGAUAAUUAAAUCGUGAAAAUCAAGACUAUUAAGACAGAUAUUAAUCGAUUGAUUUUGAAAAAUUAAAUCGAUUAGAAUUAGAAAUUAAAAGGAAAAUUGAAGUCAUUUAGCAAUUAUAAACUCAUAUCAGAAAUUUAGAAAAUGAAAAGAAAACUUCAAUAACUAAUGAAACAAAAGUUAGAGAAUUGCUAAAUUAGUUAUAAGAAAAAGAACUUGAAAUUGAAUCAUUGCAUGAGAUGGUUCAAGAAUUAUCAACAACAAUUAGACAAUUACGAAUGGAACAUGAAGCAAUUUUGGAGCAAUAAAGCAAACAAUAGAUUAUCAUAAGAGAAACAUAAAAGUAAAUUAUUUUUUGUAUCUAUAUAGUAAUUAAAAACUUGUUGAAUUAGAGACUAGAAUUGAAGGCUUGAAUGCAGAAAUUUAAAGGUAAAUGAUGCUCAAAGAUUAAAUUUAACUAAAACAUGAUAAAUUAAUUGAAAGAGUAUUAUAUAUAUUAAUGAUUAGGCUACAGAAUUUGAAUCAGAAAUUAAUAUGUUAAGGAAUGAACUCUCUAAAACCCAAAAAAGAUUAAGCUCAAAUAAUGCAAGCAAUACAUAUUUUGUUUCAAAAACCUUUGAAGUACAAAGAACAGGAGAUGUUGCGAAUAAUGCAACAGGAUUAGUUUCAGGUUUUAAUUUGGAGGACUCUAAAAAAAUUAAGUCAAUAGUGAACACAGUUUAACAUAGAUCUGAAGUCUCUAAUUACAAUUCAGCAGUUAAAGAAUCGUAAUAUUCUAAUAAAUCAUCUUCAUAAACUUAAUCAUUUAAUCCUCUUCGAUCAGAUGUAUAUUUUAUUUAUAUGAAGUAGAUAAUCAAACAAAAAGCCUAAUAUUUUCGAACUGAAGAGUACCAAAAUAUUUGA